GCGCAAUAAUAAACUUCAGUGUUUAUUGUGAACUGAAACGCUUUUAUCUUGUGUUCGUUUCAUCGUACCGUCUUCGUCACUUAUGUCACUUUUGCCAAAAUGGCAGGAGUUAUUAUUGCUAGAUGUGGUACACUACCAAAGAAUUAUUCAGGUAUAAAAGGAAUUUUAAUUCCUUUAUAUAAAAAUGUUUCCUUGCGACACAAUUCAGCGGGACCUCCACCUCCAGGAACACCUCCACCACAAACAAAAACAACUUUUGGACCACUUGCAGAUUCUGAUCGAAUUUUUACCAAUUUAUAUGGUCGACAUGAUUGGAGGUUGAAAGGAGCUCUUAAACGGGGAGAUUGGUAUAAAACUAAAGAAAUUUUGGAUAAAGGAGUUGAUUGGAUUUUAAAUGAAAUAAAAACAUCUGGAUUACGAGGUCGUGGCGGAGCUGGUUUUCCUUCAGGAAUGAAGUGGAGUUUUAUGAAUAAACCAAGUGAUGGACGACCGAAGUAUUUAGUUGUCAAUGCUGACGAAGGUGAACCUGGAACGUGUAAAGAUCGUGAAAUUAUGCGCCAUGAUCCACAUAAACUUGUUGAAGGUUGUUUGAUUGCUGGUAAAGCAAUGGGAGCUAAAGCAGCUUACAUUUAUAUUCGGGGCGAGUUUUAUAAUGAAGCAUCUAACAUGCAAGUCGCAAUCGCUGAAGCGUACCAGGCUGGUUUAUUAGGUAAAAAUGCUUGUGGGUCAGGCUUUGAUUUUGAUGUUUUUAUGCAUCGUGGCGCUGGUGCAUACAUUUGUGGAGAAGAAACUGCUCUCAUUGAAAGUUUGGAAGGUAAACAAGGCAAACCAAGAUUGAAACCUCCAUUUCCUGCAGAUGUUGGCGUCUUUGGAUGCCCUACCACAGUAACUAACGUGGAAACAGUAGCAGUUGCACCAACAAUUUGCCGACGUGGAGGAGCAUGGUUUGCCAGUUUUGGUCGUACACGUAACUCAGGAACAAAAUUGUUUAAUAUAUCUGGACAUGUAAAUACGCCAUGUACUGUUGAAGAAGAAAUGAGUAUUCCAUUAAAAGAAUUAAUUGAACGACAUGCUGGAGGUGUUAUCGGAGGUUGGGAUAAUCUUCUUGCAGUUAUUCCUGGUGGUUCAUCCACUCCAUUAAUUCCUAAAAAGGUUUGCGAAGAAGCAAUUAUGGAUUUCGAUGGAUUGGUAGCGGUACAAACAAGUUUAGGGACAGCUGCUAUAAUUGUAAUGAACAAACAAACUGAUAUUGUAAAAGCAAUUGCACGGUUAAUAAUGUUCUAUAAGCAUGAGUCAUGUGGUCAAUGUACGCCAUGUCGUGAAGGUGUUAAUUGGAUGAAUAAAAUUAUGUAUAGGUUUGUGGAUGGUAACGCUAAGAAAGAAGAAAUUGAUAUGUUAUGGGAAAUAAGUAAACAAAUUGAAGGACAUUCAAUUUGUGCAUUGGGUGACGGUGCGGCAUGGCCAGUACAAGGAUUAAUUCGUCAUUUUAGACCUGAAUUAGAAGAACGUAUGAGGAAAUUUCAUGAAAAACAAGCUGCUUCAGCAAGUGGUUAAUUCAUGAUUGAAAUUUUCAUAGUUCUUUCUAAAUGCCGCUUUCAAAUUGAUAAAUUGAAUAUGUUAAAAUAAA